UUCCCCCUUUUCAUCAUUUUUUAUUUCCCCUAGCAAUGAGAUCUGCACUGGUUGUGGCGUGCGUGUUGGCUGCCCUUGCGCUGCCCCUCCAGGCCCUCCCACCCCCUGCUGGAGGAGAGGGGCACUCCGCCCUGCAGCCUCGCCCACCAAGGUUCGCAAGUGGGCGUCACCUGACCUGGUGGAUAUUCGGGGACGAUGACGAAGAAGUGACCACGCCAGACGCAAGCGACCACGUCUCGCCCACGCCGCCUCUUACCUCCUCGCCAGGCCCCACGACCACAGAGGCGCCGAGUACAUGGAGGUCGUGGUUCUCGAAUGUGGGCGACAAGAUUAAGAGCGCGGCGUCUAAGGUCAAGGACGAGCUCCGGGAGGUGAAGGAGGCGUACGACACGGGGAGGGCGGCGGUGGGGACGGCCCUCAAAGAGGGGGCCAAUAAGGUCGGCUCCGCCAUCAAGUCCGGCUUCAGGAAGAUCAAGAUCAAGUUCACCGGAGGCGGAGAGAAGUUCAACAUCAUGGCGACGCGUCUGAAGGAGAAGCUCGAGGCGGGCGACGAGCGAAUCCUCGAGCUCAUGAAGAAGCUCGGGAUCAACGUGAACAUCGAAGACAACAAAGUCACGGGAACCAACGUCGACAAGAAGAACGUGUCCGUGACCGAGAUCCUUCAUGGCGAGGGCCUUCUCUCCAACAAGUCCGCUCACUACCACACUGUCGUCGAGGAGCCUGAGUUCACGGGCGGAGAGAGGGCGCCGGAGCUGGGGGAAGGGGCGGGCGGAGAGGCCACGACGGAGGAGGUAUUCCACUCCGCCGAGGACCACGACACCUCCCAUGUCACUGAAGACUAUGAUACAUUCCACUCCGCCGAGGACCACGACACUUUCCCAUGUCACUGAGGAUUAUGAUACAUUCCACUCCGCUGAGGAUCACGACACUUUCCACUCCUCUGAAGAAUACGAGGAUGACUUGAUCACCCCCUCGACCUCGCGCGCAUCGCCUCCUUCCACCGCAAGGCCUUCGGCUAGUGCCACUGAAUCCACUCCUGGGCAUUCGACGACGACCAGGAUACCAACAACGACGGCCCCAACUCCCACGGUGGAACUUUCUUCGACAACUUUCAUAACAAUGCCUUCUACUGGGCGACCAUUUACCACUAGAAAGCCAACAACAACGAGCACUGUGGAACCAUACACAUCAUCUUCUACAACAAUCGAACCUACAACCCUAACGACCAUAACAACAGUCAGAUUCACAGAUCCAACUACUACCUCCACAACACCUGAACCUUCACCACCAACUUCCACCACAACACUCAUAGCCACAGAUGCAAGUACCUCUACAACACCUAAACCUUCUUCACCACCAACAACCACCACAACAGUCAAACCCUCAGUUCCAAUAACCUCUACAACAACCAAGCCUUCACCACCAACCACCACCACAACACCUUCAGAUCCAACAACAUCAACGACACUCAGACCCACAACUCCUACAACUACAACAACGUCCAAGCCACCAUCCCCAACAACCAGUACCACAAUCACGACCACGAGCAGCACAGUUCCGCCGACGAGUAAGCCAAGCCCUGCGUCGCCUACUCUUUCGGGAGAGGGAGUCAGCGAGUCUUACGAACCUCCCCUUUUCCCCGGAGGUUCAACCCACGCUGAGGAGGAGCGGGAGGAAGAGGAGGAGGCUGAACCAUUUGAACCUCCUCCGUUCCCCGAUGUGUUCAGCGACCCGGAUGUACGAGAUCGCCUCAGGGAGUUCUAUGAGAAUGGAGACUUCAGCCAUUCAGAACUCAUUUCCAGGUUGAAUUUCGACCCGGAUAACUAUGAGUAUUAUUAUGAUGGGGAAUAUGAUUAUUCUGAGUAUGUCUGAUUAAGCGGUGUAUGUGUGUGUUUGUUGUUGUUGUUGCAGCGUUCGUGUUUGUUUAUCCCCGCUCCUAUGUACCAGUCCUCUAUUGUCGGGGAGUAUAGACAAUAAGACAGUCUAAAGCCCCAUAAAAGAAAAGAAAAAAUGUUACUGGAUCUUUUAACAUAGUUCCUCCUAAAAGAAACAUUCCUAUUCAUUUUCUUUGACGCGUAUACCUUUUUUGCUCCACUAGCUCUCAGUGUUUUAUAUCAGAUGUGUGUCAGACAAUGUAUUUUCACUUAUCUUUUUGACAUUCCAUUGUAAUGAUGUUUAAGUCUCUGUUUCCGCUUUAUACCACGCCAUAAGCCAUCUUUAAAUAACCACAACAUUAGACUUAAGGGUAAACUAUUGAAAACCAGCCUUUUGCUUCAUUAAAGGAAGUCAGUCGUAUUAAAUUUUGCGUAAAAAUCUU